CAAAUUAAAUUCCAACGAUGGAGAAAAGCAAGUACGUGAUGGAGCUUGCUUUGCUUCUGGGUCUUAUUUUCAUGCUUAGUGCCAACCCAACUUCAAUGGCCGAAGAGCAUGGCAAUAACAACUUGAAAACUUAUAUUGUUCACGUCAAAAAGCCCGAAACUAUACCUUUUCUUCAAUCAGAAGAGUUAUAUAAUUGGUACAGCUCGUUCCUGCCAGAAACCACUCACAAGAACCUGGUUUUCUCUUACCGCAACGUGGCAUCUGGAUUUGCCGUGAAGCUAACCCCAGAAGAAGCCGAAGCUCUUGAAGAGAAAGAUGAGAUUGUGUCAGCUCGUCCUGAAAGGACCCUUUCAUUGCACACAACACACACUCCAUCUUUCUUGGGGCUGCAACAAGGUGUUGGAUUGUGGAAUAGCUCCAACCUUGGCGAAGGUGUCAUAAUUGGAGUGAUAGACACAGGUAUAUACCCUUUCCACCCAUCUUUUAACGAUGAAGGAAUGCCACCUCCACCAGCAAAAUGGAACGGACACUGCGAGUUCACGGGGCAAAGGACAUGCAACAACAAACUCAUCGGUGCAAGGAACUUGCUCAAAAGAGCUAUUGAAGAACCUCCUUUUGAAAACUUCUUCCACGGAACCCACACUGCUGCAGAAGCCACUGGAAGAUUUGUAGAGAACGCUAGCGUUUUUGGCAUGGCUCGGGGCACUGCAUCUGGCAUCGCACCUAAUGCUCACGUGGCAAUGUACAAAGUGUGCAAUGAUAAAGUUGGGUGCACCGAAAGUGCCAUCUUAGCCGCAAUGGACAUAGCCAUUGAUGAUGGUGUCGAUGUUCUUUCUCUUUCCCUCGGUUUAGGCUCUCUUCCAUUCUUCGAAGACCCUAUUGCUAUUGGCGCAUUUGCGGCUAUUCAGAGUGGGGUUUUCGUUAGUUGCUCAGCUGCAAACUCUGGCCCUAACUACAGCACUCUAUCCAACGAAGCACCGUGGAUUCUGACCGUUGGUGCAAGCACCAUUGACAGAAAAAUAGCAGCAUCAGCAGUGCUUGGAAACGGUGCAGAAUAUGAAGGGGAAUCUUUGUUCCAACCCCAAGACUAUUCCCCUAGUUUGUUGCCACUUGUGUAUCCUGGUGCAAACGGAAACAACAACUCCGAGUUCUGUCUCCCAGGAUCCUUAAACAAUGUUGAUGUCAAGGGAAAGGUGGUGGUGUGCGACAUAGGUGGAGGCCUUCCAAGCGUUGAAAAAGGACAAGAAGUUCUGAAAGCAGGUGGUGCAGCCAUGAUCCUCGCCAACCCAGAGUCCUUUGGCUUCAGUACUUUCGCUGUUGCUUAUGUUUUGCCCACAGUGGAAUUGAGUUACGUUGCUGGGUUGGCCAUAAAGUCUUACAUAAACUCAACUUACUCACCAACUGCAACAAUCUCCUUCAAAGGAACCGUGAUUGGUGAUGCACUUGCUCCCACGGUUGUUUCUUUUUCUUCAAGGGGUCCAAGCCAGGCAAGUCCCGGGAUUCUAAAACCCGACAUCAUUGGACCCGGAGUGAACAUUCUAGCUGCAUGGGCUGUGUCCGUAGACAACAAAAUCCCAGCGUAUAACAUUGUUUCAGGAACAUCAAUGUCGUGCCCUCACCUUAGUGGUGUUGCUGCUUUGCUCAAAAGUGCACACCCUGAUUGGUCCCCUGCGGCUAUAAAGUCAGCGAUUAUGACCACUGCUAACACGGUUAACCUCGGAGGCACACCCAUAGUUGACCAAAGGAAUUUACCUGCUGACAUUUUUGCCACUGGUGCAGGCCAUGUUAACCCUAAUAAAGCAAAUGAUCCAGGGCUUGUUUAUGAUAUUCAGCCAGAGGAUUACGUUCCUUAUUUGUGUGGUUUGGGUUAUGACGAUAAAGAGAUUGCAAUUCUUGUGCAAAGUAGAGUGAGAUGCUCUAGCGUGAAAGCCAUACCAGAAGCACAACUCAAUUACCCUUCGUUUUCUAUUUUGAUGGGGUCUAGUUCACAAUACUACAGCAGAACGUUGACCAAUGUUGGACCUGCACAAUCAACUUACACCGUGGAACUUGACGUGCCUUUGGCCUUGGGGAUAAGUGUGAACCCUAGUCAGAUAACCUUCACGGAGGUGAACCAGAAGGUUACAUUCUCUGUGGAGUUUAUUCCACAGAGAAAAGAAAAUAGAGGCAACCAUACUUUUGCUCAGGGUUCUCUCACUUGGGUUAGGGUAUCUGACAAACACACUGUUAGGAUCCCCAUCUCUGUUAUUUUCAAGUGAUGCAUACAUACAUGUAUGCAUGACACCAGAGUCUGGGGUAUAAUGCUCAAGAAAUAAAUGAAGAAGGGAAUGAAUUGUCUUCGAGCCAAGAUUCAAGAGCUGCUACUAUGUGUUAAGUCCCUUAGUAGAAGUUCAUUAAUUCAUUAACAAAUAAUUUGUUGUGUUAAGAUCAUCUCUGAUGGUUUGAAAUGCACUAGCAUUUCUGCUUCUUUUUUUUAAUUGAAUGGUUUUCGAAUUAAAUAUAUAGUGUUUGCUCCAAAUUAACGUCGUCUACCCUCGUUAGAUCGAUAUAAUAUACAAGCGCUUGUCUUAA